AUGCGUCCCUUUUCGAUCCGUACUGUCGAUGAGCAACCAGGUCAGACUUACCCAGUGAUCGUGGCGCCCAAUACGCCUUCAAAAACUGAGCUGGCCGGACCAGACAUCCCGGUGUCUUCUGUCAGCCAUUUGCUACACAGCACGGUUCCUCAUGGCCCAGACUACUUAAUGCUUCCCCGCCGUUCUGAGCCCCGAUCAGGUGCCGCAAUGUAUGACAGCGAGAUAUUCGUUUGUUUCAAUCGGGCCGAACAUAUUCCCGUCACUGUCAUGGCAUCCGGACGGGAAACGCCAUUGCAACAAAACACGACACAUCUGCUACGUGGUAAUCUAAUUCCCCACCGCUACUCCAGAUCCACCUUACUUGUGGUGACAUCAAGCCAGCCGGCUGAUCCGGCUCCCCUAACGGACCGUCACUUGCUGCCCCGCACUUAUAUCUCCAGCAAUGGCACUGUCACGGAGCGUUACUUUCUGCAUGGAGAUCAACGUUGGAUAGUCAUAGCUUUGCAUCGUGACUACGAUCCCACUUCGCACAGCAUAGUUAGUUUUGAUGUUGAGUAUACUCUUCAACGCGGCACCAUGCAAGAAAUUGGACGUGAACUGUUCCGAAUUGGCGACACGUUGGGUCUUCACGUUGAACGAAGCAGAACCAACGCAACAGUGGGCAUUGGGGCCACACGUCUGAAUGGUCCUGAAUACUUGUUUGGACGUUAUGUAGAUCAUGCCAAUGCGGUGUCACAGACAGCCCAGCUGCGGCCAAAGCCAGGCACAGGCGGGCUCAUAAACGAAUGGGAAGCGUUUUCCGUUGAACAUUACUACCCAGACGUGGGCAAUCUGGGCCACCGCUAUGCGCCGGCGCUUCUGGUAUUGGUGAGAUGUGAGGACGCCCACUUCAUCCCUAGUACGAUGAUUCACUGGUUGCGGACGGUACACGAUACUAUUGAAGCCGAGUGCCAGAAACAUGUCAGCCCUCUCCAGUAUCAACCAAUCGUUCACCAGAGCUCAGUUGAAACCCUCCUCCAUACCUGUCUGUUACAAUUCUUGAGAGUCCGCGAUCCUCGCAUGGCCGUCAAUUUCAGUGGAGUCUUUCGACUCAAAGAAGAAGUCAGUGUGAGGAGACCGGCUUACUCUGCGGUCUGUCUGUUAAUAACACCUGAUGCAUUCCAGGACCCGGGACUGCUACAAACCACUUUCCCGCCGUGCUGGUUCCGAUGCUCUAUCUAUCUUCCUCUCAUUGGACGCUGGAACCGUGAAGUUUUUGUACAUGUUGGACAGGCCGCAAACUCAUCUGCCGCCACGCACUCCGUUUGGCUAACUGGCGAGGUUCUUGCCCGAACUCAAUUGCGUGAUACGAUGAUUAGGGUGAGUCCCGGCUUUGCCUUCGAGCAGGGUGCCUACGCAUCACAAUUGCCGGCACCUGCCCCCAUCAUCACGGUUCAUAGCCGUGGCCACGUGAUUAGUUUCAGCCAGCGUAAUUUCGAUUGCUGGAUCAUAGUAGCACUGCAUAACGUUACGGAAGAGAGUCUGACUCGCCUAAAGUUAGCUCAGGUCACGCACUUCAAUAUGGUUUAUGAGGCUUCGAACGCGCUCGUAGCGCAGAUCGGCCCGAGUGUCUUCAGGCCAGGCAAUGUGGUGAACUUCCACGGCGUGGUUAUGCACUACGUUUGCCAGAGUGGCAAAUGGAUCAUUAAGACUUGUCGGUACACACGAAAGAAACACGCUGGUAUUUUAUCUAGACCGGGUAUAUGCUAA